AUGGACUUAAGAAACCAAACAGGUAUCAUGGAAUUUCUCCUCUUGGGACUCUCAGAGGAUCCAGACUUGCAGUCCAUUCUCUUUGGAUUGUUCCUGUCCAUGUAUCUGGUCACAGUGCUUGGGAAUCUGCUCAUCAUCCUGGCUAUCACCUCUGACUCUCACCUUCAUACCCCCAUGUACUUCUUUCUCUCCAAUCUCUCAUCCACUGACAUCUGUUUCAGCACCAGUACAGUCCCCAAGAUGCUGGUGAACAUGAAGAGGCAGAGCAAAACCAUCACUUAUACGGGCUGUCUCACCCAGGUCUGCUUUGUCCUCAUAUUUGCUGGAUUGGAAAAUUUUCUCCUUGCAGCAAUGGCUUAUGAUCGUUAUGUGGCUAUCUGCUUUCCCCUUAGUUAUACAGUCAUCAUGAAACCCUGUCUGUGUAUUUUAUUAAUUCUGUUCUCCUUGUUCAUUAGCAUUGGGGAUGCCUUGCUGCAUAGUCUGAUGAUGUUACAGCUGUCCUUCUGCACAGAUUUUGAAAUCCCCCACUUCUUCUGUGAACUUGAUCAGGUCAUCAAGCUUGCCUGUUCUGAUACCCUCAUCAAUAAUAUCCUGGUAUAUACAGUGACUAGCUUAUUGGGUGGUGUUCCUCUCCUUGGAAUUAUUUUCUCUUACAUUAAAAUUGUCUCCUGUAUUCUGAGAAUGCCAUCAGCAGGGGGAAAGUAUAAAGUUUUUUCCACCUGUGGAUCUCAUCUCUUUGUUGUUUCCUUGUUCUAUGGGACAGUUUUUGGUGUAUACAUUAGUUCUGCAGUUGCUGAAUCAUCCAGGAUUACUGCAGUGGCUUCAUUAAUGUAUACUGUAGUUCCCCCAAUGAUGAACCCAUUUAUCUACAGCUUGAGGAACAGGGACAUGAAAGACGCCUUGAAGAAACUAAUCAGAAGAUGUUCUCUUUGA